GGCCCAGAAGGCCGCCAUCCUGCGCCGCCGGCGUCGGGGAAACUGAAGAUGGCCCCCCCGCGAAGCUAGGUCUAGGAUGGGAAGCGUCACCGCACGCUACUUCUGCUACGGAUGCCUUUUCACCUCGGCCACCUGGACCGUUCUGCUUUUUGUCUAUUUCAACUUCAGUGAAGUGACUCAGCCACUUAAGAAUGUGCCCAUCAAGGGGUUUGGGCCCCACGGGCCAUUCCCCAAAAAAAUCUACCCCCGUUUCACUCGGGGUCCCGGUCGAGUGUUAGAGUCGCAGUUCAAAGCCGGCAGAGUGGACGGCGCGCCGGCGGAUGGAGACCCCGCGAGAGGCGGCGUGAAGUUCUCCGAGCUGGGCAUGAUUUUCAGUGAACGUGACCAGGAGCUGAGGGACUUGGGCUAUCAGAAGCAUGCCUUCAACGUGCUUGUCAGCAACCGCCUGGGCUACCACAGAGAUGUGCCGGACACCAGGAGUGCAGAGUGCAGAGACAAGGCCUACCCGGCGGACCUGCCCGUGGCCAGCGUGGUCAUCUGCUUCUACAACGAGGCCCUGUCGGCCUUGCUGCGCACGGUGCACAGCGUCCUGGACCGCACGCCGGCCCGGCUGCUGCGGGAGGUCAUCCUCGUGGACGAUGACAGCGACUUCGACGAUCUGAAGGGAGAACUCGAUGAGUAUGUCCAGAAGUAUCUCCCUGGGAAAAUUAAAGUGAUAAGAAACACAAAGCGUGAGGGGUUAAUUCGAGGCAGAAUGAUCGGAGCCGCACACGCGACAGGAGACGUCCUGGUGUUCCUGGACAGCCACUGUGAGGUGAACGUGAUGUGGCUGCAGCCCCUGCUGGCAGCCAUCCGUGAAGACCGGCAGACCGUCGUGUGCCCGGUGAUCGACAUCAUCAGCGCCGACACCCUGGCCUACAGCUCGUCCCCUGUGGUGCGCGGCGGCUUCAACUGGGGACUGCACUUCAAGUGGGACCUCGUCCCCCUCUCCGAGCUUGGGGGGCCAGAAGGAGCUACUGCACCGAUCAAGUCACCCACGAUGGCUGGAGGGCUGUUCGCCAUGAACAGGCACUACUUCAGUGAGCUUGGGCAGUAUGACAGUGGCAUGGAUAUCUGGGGAGGAGAAAAUUUAGAAAUAUCAUUUCGGAUCUGGAUGUGCGGCGGGAGGCUCUUCAUCAUCCCCUGCUCCCGCGUGGGCCACAUUUUCCGGAAGCGGCGGCCCUACGGUUCUCCCGAAGGCCAGGACACGAUGACGCACAACUCCUUGAGGCUGGCGCACGUCUGGCUGGAUGAGUACAAGGAACAGUAUUUCUCCUUGAGGCCCGACCUGAGGACCAAGAGCUAUGGAAAUGUCAGCGAGCGCGUGGAGCUGAGGAAGCGGCUGGGCUGUAAAUCAUUCAAGUGGUACCUGGAUAACAUUUACCCAGAGAUGCAGGUGUCCGGGCCCAACGCCAAGCCCAGCAGCCCAUUUUCGUCAACAGGGGGCCGAAACGCCCCAAGGUCCUGCGGCGUGGAAGGCUCUAUCACCUCCAGACCAGCAAGUGUCUGGUGGCCCAGGGCCGCCCGAGUCAGAAGGGAGGCCUCGUGGUGCUGAAGGCGUGCGACUCCGGAGACCCCAGCCAGG